UUUCGUAAGAUUUUCAAGCAGGCUGUGACACAACCAACUACCGACAAGGAGCAAGAUAGGGCCGUUUGGGUGAGACAUAUGUCCUACGACAUAUACAAGACAGCCCUCCGUUUGCAAUCGUGCGACAAUCGUAUACGACGUGUAUGAUCAGGCCCAGGCAUCGGUUAGCGAAUCCUGCAGGUCCAAAUCCACUGUGCUGUACGGUGUGACACCAUGAAGAAAUUACAAGUAAACCCCUUCGUCUACUUUCUCGCCAUACUCUUCGGCUGCGGCUCCUGGAUCGCCUUCAAUGGUUUGUGGGUGGAGCUGCCAAUCAUCGUGCAGCACGCCCCGGAGGGGUGGAGCCUGCCGUCUUACCUGUCAGUCAUCAUCGCCAUGGCUAACGUCGGACCAAUCGCGUUCACGCUAGCGAGCGUAUUGGCACCCGGGAGAGUCAGCGUGAAAGCGGUGGUCUACACUAUUGUGUCGAUCGGAAUCGUGUCGUGCGCGCUGCUGCCAUUUUUCUGGAAGUAUACCAUCUACAUAGCAGGCGCGAACCGCAGCGUCGCAUUACUGCUUCUUGCGUUCUUACUCGGAGUGGGGGGCUGUACCUCCUCUGUCGCCUUCAUGCCCUUCAUGGCGGUCUUCACCUCCCCCUAUCUAAACCCUUACUUCAUCGGCGAGGGGAUGAGCGGCCUGGUUCCGAGCUUGGUCGCGCUGGGGCAAGGCGUCGGCGGGAACCCUGAUUGUCAGAACGUCUCAUUCGUCAACUCCACGGUCGUCGACGGAGUUCUGACGAACAUCACAGAAUACACCAACGUGUACGUCACCAAGGACCCCAACUUCCCAGUCGAGAAUUUCUUCUGGUUCCUCUUCGCCAUGAUGCUGGCGUGCGGAAUCGCCUUCCUCCUGUUAAACCAUCUCCCAUUGGCUAAGAAAGAGCAGGUCGACGCGGCUAUAAUUAGGUCAGCAGAAUCACCACCAACCGACGGCUGCUCCAACCCCGGUUUAGAGAUGGAGUCCGUGGAAACGAAAGGUUCCGUUGAGACCUCUACUGCUAAUGAAAGCGAUGUCGUCUCGUGUCGAAAGACGGUAGAAGUCAACAACCCGGUUGCUGAUGGCCGUGGCAAGGAUUAUCUGGUAGCCGAGAGGAAAGGGCUGUCGCGGGGAGGUUACGUGUACUUGCUGUGCGUCGAAGCCUGGGUGAACGCCCUCAGUAACGGCGUCCUCCCCUCCAUCCAAUCCUACUCCUGCCUCCCGUACGGAAACACCGCCUACCACCUGGCUGUGACCCUGGCCAACAUGGCCAAUCCGCUGGCCUGUUUCAUCUCCUUCUUCCUCCCCACCACGUCCUUCCUACUGGUGGGGGUGCUGUCGCUAGCGGGAACAGCCGUGGGGGCGUACAUCCUGGUACUCGCGGCCAUGAGCCCCACCCCUGUACUACUGGGGACGGACGGAGGAGUGGUCUUGGUGAUUCUUGCAUGGAUCUCAGUAGUGGGACUUUUCUCCUACGUGAAGGUGACGAUCGGGUCCAUUUUCCGCGAGGAGGGACAGAGGGCGCUGCUGUACUGUGGAGCCGUCAUGCAGGCCGGCUCCUGUGUCGGCGCCAUCGUCACCUUCCUGUUCGUCAACGUGUUUCCCAUGUUCCAACAGAACGACGCCUGUGAUCUCUGACUUCCGUUUCAUGCGAGACCACCUCUGCUUGACUUUUGCCAGAAAACUCUUACAAUCUCCCGACUACCGGCAUUGGUUUCCUCCCCGCCGUGGGGACAUCAGUGGACGUACAACACGGUCCAGUAACCAGAUAUACUGCUUAAGAACAAGAACUGAACGCUUUAGAAACAGCGCAUGUUACCAUACAUUGUUAAAUUACUGAAUAACUUUGAAACGGCAAUGUAAAAGUGAUCUGUUGCUAAUGUUGUUUCAUGUACAUCACC